AAUAUCAUUAGUAUCUUCCUAUUCAAUUGACACAAUGUCUUUAACAAAUUCAUUUUUUGCUACUGUUUUUCUAUUUGUUACAUUUAUAACAAGCUGUAUAGCCCAGACUACUUCUCGAUGUGUCCCUUCAUCCUGUGGCGAUAUUCGCGAUAUAAAAUUUCCUUUCCGAUUGAGGUCUGAUCCCCAGCAUUGUGGUAAGACUGGAUAUGAACUCGAUUGCCAGAAUAACGAAACCAUUUUCCAUUACAAGUCGCGUAAAUUCUACGUCCAGGAAAUUAACUAUACGAACUUCUCAAUUAGGUUACUCGAUCCCAGCCUGAAAAAUCAGACCGAAAAUUGCUCUGUUUUUCCAGAACACAGGGCAAGUUACGAUGCCAUGACUAGCCUAAUCUUCGGAUGGCUUCGUGUUGAUAACGAUAUCAAUUAUGUCAACUGCCGUGGUCAAAUCAACUCCUCACUAUACAUUCCUACAAGUUUUUGUAGCACAAAUACAAAUUCUAGUUUUAGCUAUCUUGUCGUAGGUGAAAUAUUGCAAGCCUCAGAUUUAGCAGUCGGUUGCAGAGUUGAAACUGUGGCAUGGAGUGCAGCUCCGGGGAUUUCACCUAAGGUAUCGUCUUCGUUAUCCAGCAUUCAUCAAGCUCUGGGUUACGGAUUUGAGCUCUCUUGGAGGCGUGAUUUCUUAUGCAGAGAGUGUGGGAGAGAGGAUGAAUGUGUUUUCAAAGACAAUAGUGAUGUAGCAACUUGUAUUCAUUAUUGUAAAGAGGACACUCCUGUUUCUGAACGUUCUUUCGGAUGCAAAGUCGAGUACUAUUCUGUUUUUGUAUUGGUCUAUGGUGGUAUAGCAAUUGGUGCACUUAUGGUUGUGGGAAUCACAAUCUUGAUUGCAGUUGUGGUGUGGCAGUGCAAAAGACGGAAUUUGAACACAUCGAACGAUCAUGUUUUGGGGAAUAAAGCUUCUUCCAGUGAACAGAAUUGUUAAAAUUCUUUGAUUUUAAGGUCAAUCUAAUCCAGUUUAGUAUCUAGAGUUUCCAUUAUUGUCUAUUUGAUUCAUUAAUUGUAUAUCUUAUUUUUUUUUAGAACAUCUUUUGAUUAACCUAAUUCUUGUAAUUGAAUGAAUGGAUAUUUGUGCAUUUUGUGAUCAA